AUGCUGUUUUCUUUGGCAUUGUGUGCAGUUGUGCUAACGGGGAGUGGGAAAGUUCAAGAUGAUGAAUGGAUUGACCCCACGGAUAUGCUCAAUUACGAUGCAGCUUCGGGAGCAAUGAGAAGGCCUUACAAGGCAAACUAUCAUGGCUCUGAGGAUAAGAGUGUGGAUACAGUCAGUACUGAAAUCUUACCGAGUUGUUCCAGGGAAGUAGAUUCCUUGCAACGGAAGCUUGCAGAAUGCCUGGAGCGGAACGCCAGAUCACGGGAAAGCCGCAGCUUUUAUAUUUUUAAGCGGUACUUGAAUAAGAUUUUAAAUGAAGCUGGGAAACUUGGCCUUCCUGAGGAAAAUGUAGGCCAUGUACAUUAUGAUGCUGAGAUCAUCCUUACAAGACAGACAUAUUUGGAGAUCAUUAGGUUUCUCAAUGAGGACACUUGGCAGUCAGGUGCUGUGGAUGAUGCACUUAGUGAUAUUUUGAUCAACUUUAAGCACCAUGACUAUGAAGCUUGGCACUGGAGAUUUGAAGACACUUUUGGAAUUGAUCUACGUAAUCUGUUUAUGAUACUCUUGUGCUUAGUGUGCAUCGUAGUUGUAAUAGCCACAGAGCUCUGGACACACAUUCAUUGGUUUGUUCAGCUCAAACGUGUAUUAUUGAUAAGUUUUCUCAUCAGUUUUGCAUGGAAUUGGCUUUACCUGUAUAAGCUGGCCUUUGCACAGCACCAGGCAGAAAUUGCAAAAAUGGGACAGUUUGAUAAUAUCUGUGCUGAGAAGUUGGACUGGAGAGAAAGUCUUCUUGAGUGGCUCAGAAGUAAAUGGACGUUUCAGGAUGAUCCCUGUCAGAAGUACUAUGAAACUCUACUAGUAAAUCCUGUUCUGCUGGUCCCACCAACAAAGGCGUUGGCAAUUACUUUCACCAACUUCGUAACUGAGCCUUUGAAGCACGUAGGAAAAGGUAUUGGUGAAUUCAUCAAAGCACUUAUGAAGGAGAUACCACUUAUUCUGCAGAUUCCAGUGCUCAUUAUGAUGGCACUAGCUGUUCUGGCUUUCUGCUAUGGUGCAGGAUCAUCAGUGUCUGUGAUAAGAUACUUAACGUCUUCUCAGAAGAAAAGUCUUCCUCCACCUGAGAGUCAUCAGAACAUAGACUUCGGGCACUAUGAUGGCAGUGAAUCAGAUGGCUAUUAUUUGCAGAAUCUUCACUAUGUUCAUAGACGACCUUCUGACAGAGGAGAUGCUCCUGUGAGGCCAGGAAAUGGCAGCAGAAUCCUUGACGUGGUGCAUACAACCCAAGUGCCAGACACGCAAGUAGAAGAGUCUCCCAAACCAGAACCUGGUAAUAGAUUGCACACUGAGUCUGAAGUUCCUAGACUAGAAACUAUCACAGCUGAAAACCUUACUGAAGAACAUAUACUUGAGCAGCAGAAACAGGAGACAGGUAAAGCAGAGCGAGAGACUGGAGAAGACUGUGAUCCUAAUAAAAACCUGAGAGAGAAAAUUCCUGCAAUGGAACCAUGCAAAGAGCCGAGCAGCAGUUCUCACAGGACUCCCAGGAAGGAAACUACAGAAGAAGAGGAGCAGGUCUCACGUGACUCACCAGGCAGAGACUAA